AUGGUGAAAACCGCGUACCAUAAUUUCGGCAAAGGGGACAAAUUUAAGGAGAUGUUUGCCAACCUGUUUGGCGAUUCCGUUCUUGUUCAAGACGGAGAGCCCUUCAAGCAAACGAAUAAGUCCAUCGCUUUGGCGUUCGCCUCUCCGGCCUUCCGUAACAAGACCGUCACGAUCUUAUCCGCAGCGGUACACAAAAAGCUGAUACCCCUGCUCUCUCACGCCGCUGCCAACUAUAUUCCCCUCGAUCUGCAGGAUGUGUUCCGACGCCUUGCUUUCGACAAUACAUGCAUGGUCGGGUUUGGGAUUGACCCCGCUUCGCUCGAUCUAGAUUUAACCACGGUUCCCUUCUUGGAUGCGUUUGAUGGGGCGAUAGAGGCGCUGCUGUUGAGAGCCGUUCUGCCUCGCUUUUGCUGGAAAAUGAUGAAGUUCUUGCGUCUUGGGUCGGAGGCCCGGCUAAUGUCCGGCCGGACGGUCGUUUAUGAGUUUGUGGACGGCUUGCUCGCCCGCCUCUCCGCCGCCGGUUAUGAUCUCUAUGAUUCUCCAUGCCUGGGUGCCUUUUGGACCUACAUCCGGCUUGAACGAGAAAGCGGACGGGAUUAUUCUCUGGAAAUGAUCCGUUCGUCGAUGGUUAGUCUCAUUAUGGCGGGCAAGGAUACGCUUUCUGCCGCGCUGACGUUUUUCUUCUGGUUGGUGGCUCAACACCCGGAAGUUGAAGCCAAGAUUUUAGCAGAGCUCCAAGGCAUUCUGCACAAGAGUGCAAAGAAAGAGGAGUGGACAUUCGGGUUUGAGGAAGUGAAGCAGAUGGAUUAUCUGCACGCAGCACUUUCGGAGAGCCUCCGACUGUACCCGCCCAUCGUUGCGGAGGGCACGGAGGCAGCUGAAGACGACGUUUUGCCGGACGGUACGCAGACGGAGAAGGGUGCCCAGGUGUGGUAUUCGAUUUACUCGUGCGGCAGGCUUGAGAGCGUGUGGGGGGAGGACUGCCUGGAGUUCAGGCCGGAAAGAUGGCUGCAGAACGAGCGGUUUGUGAGGCAAUCGGAUUUCAAGUUUGCAGUAUUCAACGCUGGGCCUCGGCGGUGCGCGGGACGGGAGUUUGCGUACUGGCACAUGAAGUGGGCUGCCGCUUCUAUUCUCAUUCACUAUCAGAUAAAGAUGGUCGAUAAACAUCCCGUGAUUCCCAAGUUUACAAUCGUAUUAUCCAUGAAAGAUGGUCUGCUUGUCACAAUUCACCCUAGGAAUAGAGAUCGUGUAUGA